AUGUUCGACUCUUCUUCAUAUGUGAACGGCGAGGAUGACGCGCAGGGGAGGCGGAGGAAGGGCAAGGCGCGCAGCACCAAGGGGGAGGAGCACGACCCGCGCAACGCGCAGGCGCAUUCUCACGCCGUGAUUGCCUCAUCCCUCAUGCUGCCACCAGACGCACUGCCACUGUCAGGCAAGCGCAAGGCGCGGCGGUGGGUGAACGAGCGCCUGCUAAAGGACAUGGCGGGGCCGCUUACUGGCCCGGACGUCACCUCACUCUAUGCUCCGCCGCCUUGGGGAGAGAAGACAGAGCGGCCAGUGUUGGAGCGGCUGUCAGAUGUGGCGCUCUCCACGCCCUUUGAAGCCUUCGUGUGCCAGCAAUACCUUGCAGGGGCUACUUUCAACAAGUUGCCAUCCCGCAAGGCCAAGAGCAAGCAGUCUCGGGAGCAGGCCAGCAGCAGCAACCAGCACUCAGAAGCAGCAGGGGGAGCAGCAGUGGUGGCGGCAUCGCAGGCAGCGUGGAGGCGGGUGCCGGAGGCAGCUAAAGGGGCCAUGCGGCGCGCUGCAGGCUGGGUGGUGGUGGGGACUGUUGAGGCUCUGCUGGUGGCAUUUCUGCAACCGCCACCUGCUGUUGCUACUGCCACCACUGGCGCCACAAGCAGUCCAGGAGAAACGAGCGGUGAGGAUGGUAGGGGGGACGACAGCAGCACUGUGCCUUGUGCAGCAGCCAUUUCUGGGGGUGAUGGAGCAGAACAGCAGCAGCAGGUGGAGAAGGAGGAGCAAGAGCAGGUGGUUGGAGAGGGGAUGCUGGAGGGGAGUGGGAGUGUGAGUGGGAUUGGGAGUGUGUUGCCGGAGUGGUGUGUGCAGGCAGCAUGGGGCGACGUGGAGAGUGCUUUGGAGGCACAUGGAGGGAAGCAGAAGGGGGGCGUGAGCGGCGGUGCAGGUGCAGCAGAAGGGGAUGCGGACGGGGGUGGUGCGGGGAGGGGAGGGGAGGGAAGGCAGGUGCUGGUGUUUGCUGCAGAUGAUGCCUUCCUCAGACUGCUGCUGCACGGCAUGUGCCAGUUCCACGGAAUGCGGUCACUCUCUCUACCCGCAGCCAGCCUACCCGCGCACCUCCUCCUCUCCUUCCCCGCCCACCUCGCGCCCUCCACUCUCACCGUCGCCUGGCUUCCUCUCCCCCUGCCCUCUCAGCCGCCCCCCUCUGCCUCCCCAUCACAACCGCAAGAGCUGCCGCUCCCAGCGCCUCAAGAGAGUAACGUUGUCACAGCAGACCACCCUGCCUGGCCCUCGCAUCACAUUCGCCUGCACCACAUACUGCCUGCCUGCCCCCUGCCUAUCCCCGCAUAG